AUGCUCAGCGCCCUUUGUAUUCUCAGCACCUGGCUUCCAUAUUCCCCCGACGCGAUAGUGCUGGACAACCCGUGGCAAUGGACUGGUAUGGCAAUCCGACUCGCGAUUCAGUUGCAUUUGCAUGAGAAUGAGACAUAUAGCCGAUUAGAGCAUCCUGGAAGAGCACGCAGAAUGUGGUGGUACCUCUUUAUCAACGAUACUAUGCAGACGGCUUGCUGUGGGCGCCCUGGAAUGUUCCCCUUGAAAACGUCUGUCCCACUGCCUGUUCCCAGUGACUUCAAAAAUCCCGAUCUCGGAUCGCGCGUGUUCUGUCAGUUAGCAUAUCUCUGUACAGACCUUAGGAAAGUCCUGGACCUGGCCCGAGUUGAUAAAACCACACCAGAGGAGGUGUAUCCACUCCUGGAGACACUGGGACUACAGAGACAAGUGUGGCCCCUCGAAAUGCAACUGUUCGACACUGGAUCUAGACAACCCUACAGUCGCCCUGUUGUUGAGCUCCAUAUAUUUUACCUGGUGACUGUUAUUUUGACGUGCUUCCUUGGCCGCCAGCACAACCCCUCAUUGUUCAAAUACGCCUCAAUGACUGCUUCGUCCUGUGUCUCUCGGCUGUAUGAGGAGAUUCUCUAUCACGAGGAUGUUCGAUACCUACUACCAAUUCAUUCUUGGGCUAACCUCAUAGCUGGAAUCCCCCGAGCCUUCAGCGACAGCGAGACAUUAAACCAAAACCGAGAUGAGGAGCUCAGAAUCAGCAAACAGGUGCUGGAAAUUAUGAGUGAGAAGCAUACGUCCGCUGCUUUUGUACUCGACAAAAUCAACAGUCUCAACAAUAUGCGCACAGAUGCAUUUGCCGCCCAAGCUGAUAACACGUGGGGCACUCUUCCGGUUCCUGGGCAAAUGCAGCUGGCUCAGCUCUUCCCUUUUCCCUUGAGCUUUUGUCCUAUGCUUGGGCUGCUAAGAACUGCGGAAACUAGUGAAAACCAACCGCCGGAUGCGCUUCUCAGUUUACCCAUGGAUAGCAGUGAUUGGCCGAUAGAUUGGUCUUUCUUCUUAUUUGAUGGUCCCAUGAGCUUUUGA